AGAGUCUUUGUGUGUGUGUGUUACAGAUUUGUAUAUUUUGUUUCCCGACAUCUGCGGUAAUUCCUCUGCAUGAUCACCCCGGGAUGACGGUAUUGAGCAAGGUUCUCUAUGGUUCCUUGCAUGUAAAAGCUUAUGAUUGGGUUGAGCCAGCUUGCAUCCGCAAAACUAGCAUAGCAGGUCAUGAUGAAGUGAGAUUAGCCAAGUUGGCUGUUGAUAGAGUUGUGACAGCACCAUCUGCACCAUCUGUUUUAUACCCCAAUGCUGGAGGGAAUCUGCAUUGUUUCACCGCUGUUACGCCUUGUGCCGUCCUUGACAUUCUUGCCCCUCCGUACAAUGAAGCCUCUGGGAGACGGUGUACCUACUACCAUGAUUACCCUUACUCCAGCUUCGCGGGUGCAGGAGAUAAAGAUCAUAUCGUGGAUGAAAAAGAAGACGAUUAUGCUUGGCUUACUGCAACUGAUACACCGGAUUAUCUGCAUAUGCGUUCAGGAAGGUAUAUGGGUCCAGCCAUUCGAACUUGGUAGAGCAUAGCAAGAUGAGCAAAUGUGAUCUGUUCCAACACUUUUGUACCAGGAAGCGUCCCAUCAAUUCGUAAAGUAAAAAAAUGAGGUUCGGGUUCUAUCACUUUCGUGUUUUAGAUUAGAUUUGGGUCUGCAUCAUUUGCAAGUUUGUUCACUAGUUCUUGUUCAAACUCCAACUGGUAUUAGUCGGAGUCUUGUGAAAAUUGGAUCUGGUCAAAUAUCGAGAGGUCUUCUACGAAGCAAAAACGUAAGAAACUUACCCAGUUUGAUACCAAGUGUUUCACAGACAUGCACAAACAAACAAUGAUUUUCUAUACGUAAGAGACAAUGACUGUUUAUAUGUCUGUGAAACAUUGUCAAACUCUUGGUGUCAAACUUGUUGUGACAUUAGCACGACUCACUACGAAAUGGUUCAAACUAGUAAUAGUUCUUUUUUUUGUUCUGAAAAGUUAUAUGUAUUACAGACCAUCAGAUUUCUCGGGCCCCACUCAGAAAUCUGAUCGAUCGCAUCGGAAAAAGAAGAAGAAAAAAUAUACUCCGGAGUAUAAAAUACAAUGGUUCGGGUCAGCAAUGCCGUCAUCGGCAUCCUCAACUCCCUCGCCCUUCUCCUCGCGGUGGCGGCGAUCGGGGUGGCGGUGUGGAUCGAGUUCAACCCCGGCGCCACCCUGUGCCAGCGGGUCCUCCUGAGGCCGCUGGCCGUCCUCGGCAUCUCCCUCCUCGCCGUGUCCGUCCUCGGGCUGAUCGGCUCGUGCUUCCGCGUCUCGUUCGUGCUGUACGUGUACCUCACCGUCAUGUUCCUCCUCAUCCUCGGCGUCGCCGGGUUCUUGGUCUUCGCCGUCGUGGUCACGAAUAAGGGCGUGGGGUCCGCCCUCUCCGGGAAGGGGUAUAGGGGGGCCAGGCUCGGGGACUAUUCGCAUUGGCUGCAGAAGUAUGUGGUGAAUGCGGAGAAUUGGGACGAGAUUAAGAGCUGUUUGGUUGACGUCCAGUUUUGCCAGCAUCUCAACGACGAUCAGGUGAAAGCCGUCGAUUUUUACAAACACGGCCUCUCUGCCACUCAGUCUGGUUGUUGCAAGCCACCAAUCUACUGCGGGUUCGUGUUCGAGAACGCGACGAGCUGGAGGAUGCCGAAGGGGGGGCCCGCGGUGCCAGACGAGGACUGCAAGAAGUGGAGCAACGACCAGACCCAGCUGUGCUUCAACUGCGACUCGUGCAAGACAAUGGUGCUGGAGAACAUCCGGAAGGAGUGGAAGAACCUGGCCAUCCUCAACUUCUUCAUCCUCGUCUUCGUUGUCUUCGUCUACUCCGUCGGGUGCUGUGCUCUGAGGAACAACAAAAGUCGAGGAUACAACAAGUAUAGAGGCUACCCAUGAAUUAUUGAAUUUUAAUUUAUAUAUGGACGUGACAAUGCUGGUAUAUAUAUAUAUAUGUGUGUGUGUGUUUAUGAAUUGCUUGAUUCAUUUGAAUUGUGGUUUGUUAUGUUAAUAUAUGGCUUAACUGAUC